AAUGCAAAUGCAUUUACAUCUUUUAAAGAUAUUCCCCUUUUUGCGGUAAAUGUGGAAGAUUUGGGCAUUCUUGCUCAUCUCCUUUAAAACCCACCGGAAAACUCCUCGCCGGUGGGAUGAUGAACAAGGGUGGCCAUAUGUCGGCAUCUGACAAAGCUACAGCUACAAAGGGCAAGUGUACGGUUGCCAGACACAAGAAAAAAACCCCAAGCAAGACAUUACAAACUCUGGACAACAGCCAGGCCCAUCAUGAUCAGUCUAGGGAUAUUCCAUGCACGUCGGUCCAAGGGGGUUUAAUCUCAGCACAAGUGACUCAUCAGGCUCCUAAAUGCAGUACCCCUCCAAGCAUAUCAGUCCAAAUGCACAAUAUCAACCACCAUCGAGAGGGCCCUUGCUCACCCAAGGAACAUUUUGCCUCUACUAGAAAUCUGGAGGGUGGUCCCUCCCUUCCCAGGAACCUCUGGUGUAAGGGUAGCAUGGAUGACUUGCAGCUUCUUCGUAAUGAUAAAGCUAAUGAUGACUUCCUGCACUCCUUCUUGGGCCACUCUGAUCCUAACCUGGAGGCCAUUCUAGAAAUUGGCAUGCACUCAGACCAAAACGGGCAGGAAGUUAUGGAAACCUCAGCCCUGGAAAACCUUGAUAUUGGAACCCCCAAGGUUUGGAUCUUCUGGGACUCUACUCUCCAGUGGGUUAGCACCAAAAUUGAUGCUCAAAUUGUCACCCUAGAAUUCCAGGAUCUCAAUUCUAGUAAUAAUCUUCUCAUAUCCACUGUCUAUGGGAAGCACACUGAUGGUGAGAGACUUGAUCUAUGGGAUGCAAUGCUAGAGCACAUGCCAGCAGACAUGGCAUGGUUUGCUGGUGGAGACUUUAACAUUAUUGCCUCACUGGAUGAGCACAAGGGUAGUUCUCAACCCAGUGCCAAGGGCAUGGCUGAUUUCAAUGACUGCAUACUAGCUUGUGGACUCAAUAACAUUAACCCAUCCGGAGGUAUUUACACUUGGAGUGGGAGAAGAUCUACUGGAAUGGUUUGGAGAAGAUUAAACAGGGUUCUACUGAAUUUCAUGGCUGUGAACCAGUUUGAAGAUAUCUCUCUCUCACACUUGAGCAAAAGUGGAUCAGACCAUAAACCCCUUAUUCUCAAAUGCCUCAAUUCACAUUAUACUGGCCCUAAAAUGUUCAGAUUCCUCAACUGUUGGCUUGCACACAACAAAUUCCUACCAAUGGUCAAGGAGCAUUGGGAGAGCAGCAGGAAUGUUAAUGGCAUGAUUGGUUUUGCUAAUAAAUUAAAAAAGCUUAAAGGUGUCAUCAGAACUUGGAGCAAAGAUGUAACACCCUAAUCCGUCCAGGUCUGCAGCCCCAUUCGGACUAAAGUAUUUAACUUGGUAAUCGUAAAAAUUUAAAACUUUUCAAACACACUUUAUUAAUCUCAAUAAUAUUUUUCAUAACAUAUACAGUACGGAGUAUUCAACAAUAUUGCGGAAACGAUUUUAAUAUUGACAUAUCAUAAAUUGUUUCAAAACUU